GUUGAUAGGAGGAGACGGUGAGUCAUUGGCUGGGUGCAUUUAAAAGGUAAUCUGGUACGGGGAGAUACAACUGGAACUCUACAGCUACACCUUCACACUCCGCAGCAUCUAAGGAAAAUGGCUAUAGUGUCUGAGAUUUUGACCAAACUUACACUGAGUUAUGGAGGGGAGAGGGAACCUAAAUGCCCUACAGUGGUCCCAGCUUAUGACUUUAACCCAGAGGCGGAUGCAGCCAGACUAGAGGCAGCCAUCAAAACCAAAGGUGUUGAUGAGCAGACGAUCAUUGACAUUCUGACAAAACGCAGUUACUCACAAAGGACCCAAAUUGCGUUUGAGUAUGAAAAACGGGCAAAGAAGGAUUUUGUAAGUGCCCUGAAGGGGGCGCUCUCAGGCUCUUUGGAGUAUCUGAUUCUGGGGUUGAUGAAGAGUACAGCGCAGUAUGAUGCCUUUGAACUGAAAUCAUCAAUGAAGGGUCUGGGCACUGAUGAGGAGUGUCUUAUUGAGAUGGUCUGCUCUCGCAAUAAUGAAGAGCUGAUGGAAAUCAAGAAGGUUUACAGAGAAAUGUUUAAGAAAGAAUUGGAGAAAGAUGUUUCUGGAGACACAUCUGGUGAUUUAUCUAAGGUGCUCCUGGCCCUUGUACAGGCCAAGAGAGAUGAGCCAAGUAACGUGGUGGACUACGAGAAGAUUGACAAUGACGCAAGAGCUCUUUAUGAUGCUGGAGUGAAGCGAAAAGGAACUGAUGUGACCACCUGGAUUUCAAUCUUCUCUGAAAGGAGUGUCCCGCACUUGCAGAAAGUGUUUGAAAGGUACAAGAGAUAUAGCCCAUAUGACAUUAAGGAGAGCAUUCGAAAGGAGGUGAAGGGAGAUACGGAAAAAACCUUCCUCACACUAGUUGAGUGCUUGGAGAACAAACAUCUGUAUUUUGCCAGCAGACUCAGUGAUGCCAUGAAGAGUAAAAGUGUUAAAGAGAAGGUUAUGACCCGCAUCAUCGUCUCCCGCUGUGAAGUUGAUCUCAUGAAGGUCCGCACAGAGUUCAAGAAGAAAUUUGGAAAAUCUCUGUACCAGACAAUUUCCGAGCACACUAAGGGUGACUACCAGAGAGCUCUCCUGAACCUCUGUGGAGGAGAUGACUGAACAUCUAUAAUCUUCUGCUGCACGUGUCCAGCAGUGAAGACUUUCCGAAACAAUUACUUAAAAAUGCAGUAUUAUUAUAAGCAUGCUUUGUGUUUUCUUAUGAUUGUUGUUUAUAAAAGUUAAACUGAUCACAUUCCAAGUUAAAGGAAUACAGAAUGAAGAUGUUUUUUUAAUUGUUGUCUUUUUUUUUUAUUAAUUAUUAAUAUUAAAUUAAUUAAUUUAAUUGUUGUUGAAAGUAAUAAAAACGUACAUACGG